AUGUCGAGCAUGAGAGGCUUUGCUUCGGAGCUUGCAGCGGCGUUGCUCGUCGGAGUCUUGGUCGCCUGCGUCCCUUCAGGCGUGAAUUCCGCCGUUGUCGGCGUGUGCUACGGCACCAAGGGCAGCAACCUCCCUCCGCCGCAAGACGUGGUGAAGCUCUACCGCUUCAACACCAUCUACCGCAUGCGCGUAUACUCCGUCGAGCCUGCCAUCCUCGACGCGCUCCGCAACACCCAAGUCGAGGUCAUGGUCGGCACCACCAACGACGACGUCGCGUUCCUCGCCCGCAGCGCCUCCAACGCUGCCUCCUGGGUGCAGACCAACGUGAAGCCCUACUACCCUGACGUUAGGAUCAUGUACAUCGUCGUCGGGAACGAGCUCACGGGCGGCGCCGCCCAAAGCAUCGUCUCCGCCAUGCGCAACCUUAACAACGCCCUUGGCUCCGCCGGUUUGGGCGGCAUCAAGGUGUCCACGGCGGUGGGGAUGGACGUUAUCACCAACUCCUUCCCGCCGUCCAGCGCCGUGUUCGCGCAAUCCUACAUGACGGAAGUGGCGAGGUUCCUGGCAAGCAUCAACGCGCCGCUGCUCGCCAACGUGCAACCCUACUUCGCGUACCAGGGAAACCCAGGCAGCAUCAGCCUCAGCUACGCCCUGUUCCGGCCCGGCGCGCCGCCGGUGACGGACAGCGGGAAUGGGCUGGUGUACACCAACCUGUUCGAUGCCAUGGUGGACGCCAUGUAUGCCGCGCUGGAGAAGGCCGGGGCGCCGGACGUGUCGGUGGUGGUGUCUGAGAGCGGGUGGCCGUCGGCGGGAGGGUUGGGAGCGACAGUGGAGAACGCGAGGGCCUACAACCAGGGGCUGAUCGACCAUGUGGCCUACGGUAAGGGCACGUUUGAGAAGCCUGGGCCUUUUGGUACCCCAAAGAAGCCUGGGCCGAUGGAGGUGUACAUCUUCUCCAUUUUCAGUGAGAACCAGAAGCCCGGGGACGAGACACAGAGGAACUUUGGGCUCUUCUACCCUACCAACAAAGUGCCCGUGUAUGGCAUUAAUUUUGCAGGAACACUGCCACGCGUGCAGUCCAUCGGCGUGUGCUAUGGCAUCAUCGGCAGCAACCUCCCUUCGCCGCAGGACGUGGUGCAGCUCUACCGCUCCUUGGCGAUCUCGGGCAUGCGCGUCUACACCGUCGAGCCCCCCGCCCUGGACGCGCUCCGCAACGCCGGCAUCGACCUCAUCCUCGGCACCACCAACGACGACGUCGCCCACCUCGCCGCCAGCGCCUCCAACGCGGCCUUCUGGGUCCAAACCAACGUCAAGCCCUACUACCCUGACGUCAAAAUCAAGUACAUCGCCGUCGGCAACGAGCUCACGGGCGGGGCCGCGCAGAGCAUCCCCGCCGCCAUGCGGAACCUGAACGACGCCCUCGGCACCGUGGGUCUCAGCGCUAUCAAGGUUUCCACGGCGGUGAAGAUGGACGUGAUCGCCAACUCCUUCCCACCCUCCGGCGCCGUGUUCGCGCAGCCCUACAUGACGGACGUGGCGCAGAUCCUCGCAACCAUCGGCGCGCCGCUGCUCGCCAACGUGUACCCCUACUUCGCCUACCUGGGAAACCCCGGCAACAUCAACCUCAGCUACGCGACGUUCCAGCCCGGCGCGCCGCCGCUGACGGAUAGCGGGAACAGGCUCGUUUACACGAACCUCUUCGACGCCAUGGUGGACGCCAUCUACGCCGCGCUGGAAAAAGCCGGGGCGCCGGGGGUGAGGGUGGUGGUGUCAGAGAGUGGGUGGCCGUCGGCAGGAGGGGUGGCGGCGACGAUGGAGAACGCAAGGGCGUACAACCAGGGACUGGUCGACCAUGUAGCGCACGGGACGCCGAAGAAGCCUGUCCCAAUCGAGGCGUAUCUGUUCGCCAUGUUCAACGAGAACCAGAAGACCGGGGAAGAGACGGAGAGGAACUUUGGGCUCUUCUACCCUGCCAACAAAGCGCCCGUGUACCCCAUUAAUUUCGCUGGUUCAGUGGCAGCGAACCGCACCCACGUGCGUGCCUCUCGUAGGCAUUAGAUUGAUGUGUACCUUCACAUAUCUGAAAUUGAAAUGGAAUUUGAAUUAUAUUUUUA